AUUGAAGAGUCUUCACAAGAUGGCAAAGCAAAAUUUUCCUAUGGAUUGCUCCUUUGUCUGCAUAACCUUAAUCCAGUUCAUUGCUUCAAUGAGUUUCAGCAAAUCCCAGAGCCUCAUAAACGAAACUAAUACCAGCACAACUACCACUACUACUAAGGCCUUUUUCAUAUUAGGUGACUCUACUGUAGAUUCUGGCAACAACAACUACAUAAACACUAUUCCUGAGAACAAAGCAGAUUACAAGCCAUAUGGACAAAAUGGUUUUUUUCAAGAACCCACUGGACGAUUCUCAGAUGGCCGUGUCAUUGUAGAUUUCAUAGCUGAAUAUGCUAAUCUGCCACUAAUUCCUCCGUUUUUACAACCAAAUGCUGAUUAUAGUAACGGUGCCAACUUUGCUUCUGGUGGGGCCGGUGUUCUUGUUGAAACCAAUCAGGGACUGGUGAUUGACCUUCAAACACAAUUAAGUCACUUUGAAGAAGUGAGAAUAUUAUUAUCAGAAAAGCUUGGAGAGAAGAAGGCAAAGGAAUUGAUCUCAGAAGCAAUUUAUUUCUUUAGCAUAGGAAGCAACGAUUACAUGGGUGGUUAUCUAGGUAACCCGAAAAUGCAAGAAAGCUACAAUCCUGAACAAUAUAUUAGAAUGGUCAUUGGAAACUUGACACAGGCAAUCCAAACUCUAUAUGAGAAAGGGGCUAGAAAGUUUGGGUUCUUAAGUUUGUCUCCUUUGGGUUGUUUGCCAGCUCUUAGAGCUUUAAACCCGGAAGCCAACAAAGAUGGUUGUUUUGAAGCAGCUUCUGCUCUUGCUCUAGCACAUAAUAAUGCUUUGAGUAAUGUCCUCACAAGCCUCGAGCAUGUCCUUGAAGGAUUCAUGUACUCUAACUCUAAUUUCUAUGAUUGGCUUCGAGAAAGAAUAGAUGACCCCCCAAAUUAUGGUUUUAACGAUGGAGUUAAUGCUUGCUGUGGAAGUGGACCUUAUGGGGGUGUCUUCACUUGUGGGGGUACAAAGAAAAUUAAAGAGUUCAGUUUAUGUGACAAUGUUGGCGAUUUUGUAUGGUGGGAUUCUUUUCACCCAACAGAGAAGAUCCAUGAGCAAUUCGCUAAGGCGUUAUGGAAUGGACCAGCUUCCUCGGUAGGGCCAUACAAUUUAGAAAACUUCUUCAACAAAGAGAUCAAGCUCACUAUUGCUGAUGUAGUUGAUGCCCCAGAAAUUCACCAUGGAGAAUUUCACUACUGAGUUUAUUUUAAAAAAGAAACAAUAAAAGUUAAAAUAACAUUAGAAAUUUUGAAUAUUUGUAUGUUAUAUACAAAUUCAAAAUAUGAGCAAAGUGUGUGACUUUAGUGUUUAGUGCGAAUCCUGGCGCUUUAAGCACCAAAUCUUCGAACUUUAAGUGCUUUGCUUUCCUGUAUAAAAACAGCAAAAACAUAGGUAAAAAUGAGGACUUCAAAUGGAUCUUUGGACU